AUGAAGUUCCUAGUUGCACUUUUUGUUUUUGGCGCAAUCGUUCACGCUGAAGAUGUCCAGUUUUCUGAACAGAAUUCUGCUUAUGGGUACAUACAGAACAUAGGAAUUCCAGAAGCUGAGAGAAUUCGGAAGGCUGAGAAAUUAGGAGCAUCAAGGAUUAUUGGAGGUGUGCCAGCUGCUCUUGGGCAAUACCCGUUCCAGGCUGGAAUUCUUGGCGACGUCACAGUAGCGGGUAACCCAGCCACCAGCGUUUGUGGUGGAUCCCUUAUAUCAGCCAGUCGGGUUCUUACAGCAGCUCACUGCUGGUUUGACGGUCAAGUACAAGCAUGGCGCCUAACAGUAGUCCUCGGUUCCGUGCUUCUGUUCAGCGGUGGUACCAGAAUACAGACCAGUGCAGUUGCUACGCAUCCCAAUUUCAGUCCCUCUCUAGCACGUAAUGAUGUUGCUGUUGUUUAUUUCUCUGGUUCUGUAUCUCUGUCAGCCAAUAUUGCACCGGUAGCUUUACCUAGCGGAUCUCAACUGUUUGAAGCCUUUGUGGGAGAAAGAGCUAUAGCUGUUGGGUUUGGUAUUACCACCAACGAUGGUAGCAUUGGCUCAAACCAGAAUCUGAACCACGUCAGUUUGAGUGUCAUCUCAAACAGCGAGUGCAACUGGGCCUUCCCUCUCGUCUUGCAAUCUUCUAAUAUUUGCACAAGUGGACUCGGUUCUGUAGGAAUUUGUGGAGGUGAUAGCGGUGGACCUCUUGUUAUCACUAGGGAUAACAGACACGUAUUGAUCGGAGUUACGUCGUUCCGCCACGGACUUGGCUGUGACAGUAACAUGCCUAGUGCAUACGCACGUGUUACUUCGUUCAUGGAUUUCAUCAACAGUCACAUUUAA